ACAUUUGAUCAGACCAUCACUGGUGUGCACCGGUAUCUCAAUUCUGUUUGGCAUUAAAUUCGUGAUUUUUUGACAAUUAUUGUUAGUUUUUAAAUUUUAUAAAAUUUUGUAUUAUUAAUAUUUGUAUUAUUAAUUUGCAAAUAAUAUUAAAAAUUAAUUUUAAUUAGAUUUAAACACAAAGACUAGAAAAUGCCUCCAAAUAAUCAAACCAAUGAUAAAUUGCCUGAUAUUAUAAAAUCAGAUGAAAAUGUGAAAAACGAGGACAAAACAGACGACAAGUGGAAGUGUUUGGAUCACAUUAUUUGGACAAAUGUCUUGUAUUUUAUUGGUUUGCUUUUGGCAGCUAUUUAUGGCGCUUAUCUAGUCUUUACUGAUGCUAAGAUAUUAACUACACUUUUUGGUGUAUUUCUUUAUCAUAUAUCUUUAUUUGGCAUAACUGCUGGUGUCCACCGUUUAUGGUCUCACCGAUCAUAUAAAGCAAAGUUGCCGUUUCGCAUAAUAUUAGCAAUUUGUAACUCAAUCUCUUAUCAAAAUUCAAUCUAUGAGUGGGGACGGGAUCAUCGGGUGCACCAUAAAUUUACAGAGACUGAUGCCGAUCCCGUCAAUUCAUUGCGUGGUUUCUUUUUUUCGCACUGCGGUUGGCUUAUGUGUCGUAAGCAUCCGGAUGUCAAAAGGAUUGGCGGAAAAGUCGAUUUGAGUGAUAUGUUGGCCGAUCCAGUGGUUUACUAUCAGAAAGAGUAUUAUAUGCCAUCAGUGGUUGUCCUAUGCUUUGUAAUGCCAACACUGAUUCCCUGGUAUUUAUGGUCUGAGACCUUAUGGAAUGCCUUUUUCGUUUGUGUAAUGUUGAGAUAUAUGGCUGGUAUCAACUCUACCUGGUUAGUCAACUCAGCUGCUCAUAUGUAUGGCUAUAAACCAUAUGAUGUAAACAUAGCGCCGGUUGAAAAUAUCUCAAUUUCUGCAUUAACUCUUGGAGAGGGAUAUCAUAAUUUUCAUCACACCUUUCCCUGGGAUUAUUCAACAAGUGAAUGGGGUUGGAAUAUCAAUUUAACGACAUUUAUUUUGGACCAAUUGGCCAAAAUUGGUUGGGUUUAUGACAGACGUUUUGUCACUAAAGAUAUGAUUGAAAAACGCAAAGCAAGAACCGGACCAAAAGCUGACAAAUAUAUACCUCACGAACACGAGUACUGACCACAAGUACCGAUCACAAGAAUAUACAGUACAACAAACCUGUAAUUGAAUUUUUAUCACCAAAUCAAGACUAAUGUUAAUAAUCAAAACAAUCAAAUAAUUAAUUUUUAUUUUUUAUAUUUAUAAUUUUAU